GGGCGGGAGCCCGGAGUUAAGGAGCAGGUAUCCCCAUCGAAGGAGAAACACCCCAAAAAGGUAGUAGCGCAACCCCAUCGUUGCCAGUCUGGCUUCAGCGAUGGCAAUUCAAAAUGGCUGACUCCAGCCAAAGCCAAGAAAAUCCAGUCUGAAGACAACAACGUGGAGUCAUCCAGUGAUGAUGAGGUGGAAGAGGGCACCUGGGAGAUGGAGGAGGAUGGGAGCAGCGAGGAGAUGGUCGAUGAUUAUGGUGCCUCUUCCUCUGAGGAAGAAGAGUUGCUGCCCAUUGAAAAAGCCGCCCUGAAGCAGAAAUCUGAUAGGGGAGGCCUUAGUGAAGAUGACAGUGAAGAGGAAGAGGUGGCAGAAGAGGCAGGCAGGCAGAAGAAGGAGCAGAAGGAAGAAGAGAGUGCGGAUCUGCAGCUCAAUCUGGAUGUAGAUGAGCAGUUCAAAUUGCCAACUGAUGAACAGAUUGAGAGAGAGACUGCUGAGCCGCCUGACCUGCACAUCAUUCACCAGCGCAUCAAGAGCAACAUGGAGGUGCUGCAGGACUUUGGGGUGAAGCGAGAGGAAGGACGCACGCGACAGGAGUACCUUGCAUUGCUGCGCCGGGACAUGGCUGCUUACUAUUCCUACAGUGACUUCUUGCUCAAGAAGCUCAUGGACAUCUUCCCACUUCCUGAGCUGAUAAACUUUCUGGAAGCCAAUGAAGUUCCUCGCCCAGUGACCAUUCGCACCAACACGCUCAAGACGCGGCGACGGGACCUGGCACAGGCUCUAAUUAACCGCGGUGUGAAUCUUGACCCCCUGGGAAAGUGGUCAAAAACCGGACUUGUUAUUUAUGACUCCUCUGUGCCUAUUGGUGCCACCCCUGAGUAUUUGGCUGGCCACUACAUGCUGCAAGGAGCUUCCAGUCUCCUCCCUGUCAUGGCUCUGGCUCCACAGGAGAACGAACGCAUCCUGGAUAUGUGCUGUGCCCCAGGAGGCAAGACCAGCUACAUAGCUCAGCUUAUGAAGAACACAGGCAUGAUCUUGGCCAACGACAGCAAUGCUGAGCGGUUACGUAGCGUGGUGGGGAACUUGCAUCGGCUGGGAGUCACCAAUGCUGUAGUGAGUAACUGCGAUGGACGCCAGUUCCCCAAGGUGCUGGGAGGGUUUGACCGUGUCUUGCUUGAUGCUCCUUGUAGUGGAACAGGUGUCAUUUCCAAGGAUCCUGCUGUCAAAACGAAUAAGGAUGAGAAAGACAUCCUGCGCUGUGCUCACCUGCAGAAGGAGCUGAUUCUCAGUGCUAUUGAUUCAGUCAAUGCUGCCUCAGAGACAGGGGGCUACAUCGUCUACUGUACUUGCUCCAUCACAGUGGAGGAGAAUGAGUGGGUUGUGGAUUAUGCCCUGAAGAAACGCAACGUUCGUUUGGUGGCCACGGGCCUGGACUUUGGCAAGGAAGGUUUCACCAGGUUCAAGGACCGUCGCUUCCACCCCUCUCUCAAGUCUACUCGGCGUUUCUAUCCUCACACUCACAAUAUGGAUGGGUUCUUCAUUGCCAAGUUCAAGAAAUUCUCCAAUGCCAUUCCCAAGGCACAAAAAGAUGAAGAACCUGCUGUGGAAGCAGCAAGUCCUUUGCCUCUCCCUGAUACCACUGUGGAGCCUCAGUCAAAAAAGAAGAAACUUGAGGGAUCAAAAGUUGCCGAAGGGCAGAAGAAGCCACAGUCUGCUUUGAAGAAGAGACAUUCUUUGCAGGCACAGCGCAGACCUGCGAAGGCUGGCCGGCCUUCUCCCCGGAUGUUGCGUGCUCGAGUCCCUACCAGGAAGAAGCAGAGAAAGUGAACCAGAACGAACAGUGAGAGGAACUGCUUUUCCAGGUGUCAGUCCCCUCCUUGGAGUGUAAAGGUGGGGAGCUGCCCUGGCUAUGUGUGUACCAUCUUGACUUUCCUGCUCUGUGCAGACAAUCACUGCAGUAGUCAGAGCCUGGGACAGCUAUUGUGUACUCCUUUCCUUCCUCUACAACAAGGACUGGCACUGACCUAUUAAAAGUUUUAUACUCUUACU